ACUGUUCAACAGCUACUUCCUGCUAUACGAGCUGUAUGAGUUUUGCCCUUUUCACUUCUGCAGACUUGUAAAGUACAUGUCAGUGUCGCUCUGCAGAUACAGACUCUCUUGCACUAUUUAGGUUUCUGAAGCGGUAUGCAAAAAGUUGGCAAAAUGAUGAAGGUUUUCGUGACAAGACGUAUUCCGCCAGAGGGAAUGCAAAUCCUCUCCUCUGCGGGAGUAUGUGAGAUGUCUGUGUGGGACAGUGAUGAGCCGGUGCCCAAGACAGAGCUGCUCAAAGGGGUGCAGGGAGCUGCGGGGAUCCUGUGUCUACUGUCCGAUAAGAUAGAUGCUGAAGUACUGAAUGCAGCAGGACCUAACCUAAAGGUGAUCAGCACACUUUCUGUUGGUUUUGACCACUUGGCACUUGAUGAGAUUAAAAAACGUGGCAUACGUGUUGGAUACACUCCUGAUGUGCUGACAGAUGCUACAGCAGAACUGACUGUGGCGCUGCUGUUGGCCACUGCGCGUAGAUUACCAGAGGGAGUGGAGGAAGUCAAAAAUGGAGGCUGGAGCACAUGGAAACCUCUUUGGCUCUGUGGUUAUGGUCUGUCUGGCAGUACAGUAGGAAUCAUUGGACUUGGACGCAUUGGAAUGGCAAUAGCACAGAGACUCAUGCCUUUUGGAGUAAAACGACUUUUAUAUACUGGUAGAACUGCAAAGCCCCAUGCUGCUGAGGUCAAUGGAGAAUUUGCGCCAAUAGACACACUCCUCUCUGAGAGUGAUUUCAUAGUCAUAUCCUGCUCCUUGACCCCUGAAACCCAGGGCCUGUGUGAUAAGGCCUUCUUCAGCAAGAUGAAAAAUACUGCUGUUUUUGUCAAUACAAGCAGAGGAGCUGUUGUGAAUCAGGAAGACCUAUAUGAAGCUUUGAAGAAUGGACAAAUAGCUGCAGCUGGUUUGGAUGUUACUACUCCGGAACCACUUCCAACAAACCACCCACUCCUCACACUGAAGAACUGUGUGGUGUUGCCACACAUUGGUAGUGCCACCUACUCCACAAGAGGCAUCAUGUCAUCCCUUGCAGCUCGCAACCUUUUGGCUGGUUUACAAGGCACUGAUAUGCCGAGUGAACUCAAGGUUUAGGUCUCAUAUUAUCUGUGAUGUACUCCAAAUUAGAGACCUCAGUCAUCUGGCAAAAUUAACAACAAACACUAUCUACUGCAAAGGUGUAGUGUAUAACAUAACAUAGCAUUGCACUAUUUUUAUGUACUUAUUUAUUAGCAAUAAUCUAGCAAAGAAGUUACUUAUUAAAUCAAACUGGCCUAAACAUUAAC